GUGAAGGUAGGGGCCUCAGAGGUAAAGUCCCUACCGCCUGCGUCCUCCUCCCCUCUACACGCACACCUCAUUUUCUGCCCCUCCCCCUUCUGCCCAGAUCUUGCUUCUGCCCCUACAAGGUUCGGGCGGCUCGUGGAGGAGGGUCCCGGGUCCCCGGCUCCGCCCGGUCCCUCCCCGCCUUUUAGGCGGUGGCUCUGGGCUGGGACGUCUCAGUGCCUCUCGGUCCGUACAGCCAGUCGUCUGCCCGGCCGUUCCGACCCAGGUCCGCACUCUGCCCAUUUGCCCUAGCUCGGCCCCUCCAGCCCACUCCCAACCGCAGCCAUGGACGCCAUCAAGAAGAAGAUGCAGAUGCUCAAACUUGAUAAGGAGAAUGCCAUCGACCGAGCGGAGCAAGCAGAAGCCGACAAGAAACAAGCCGAAGACCGCUGCAAGCAGCUGGAGGAAGAGCAGCAGGGACUCCAGAAGAAGCUCAAGGGGACAGAGGAUGAGGUGGAAAAGUACUCUGAGGCUGUGAAAGAUGCCCAGGAGAAACUGGAGCAGGCUGAGAAAAAAGCCACCGACGCUGAAGCAGAUGUGGCCUCCCUGAAUCGGCGUAUCCAGCUGGUAGAGGAAGAGUUGGACAGGGCCCAGGAACGUCUGGCCACAGCUCUUCAGAAGUUGGAGGAAGCAGAGAAAGCAGCGGAUGAGAGUGAGAGAGGAAUGAAGGUCAUUGAGAACAGGGCCAUGAAGGACGAGGAGAAAAUGGAGCUUCAGGAGAUGCAGCUCAAGGAAGCCAAACACAUUGCAGAGGAUUCUGACAGAAAAUAUGAGGAGGUGGCCCGGAAGCUGGUGAUCCUGGAAGGGGAGCUGGAGCGCUCAGAGGAGAGAGCAGAAGUGGCUGAGAGUAAAUGUGGGGACCUAGAGGAGGAACUGAAAAUUGUUACCAACAACCUGAAAUCCCUGGAGGCCCAAGCGGACAAGUAUUCCACCAAAGAAGACAAAUAUGAAGAGGAGAUUAAACUGUUGGGAGAUAAACUGAAGGAGGCUGAGACCCGUGCAGAGUUUGCUGAGAGGUCUGUGGCCAAGCUGGAGAAAACCAUCGAUGAUCUGGAAGAUGAGGUCUAUGCCCAGAAGAUGAAGUACAAGGCCAUCAGUGAAGAGCUGGACAACGCCCUCAAUGACAUCACCUCCCUCUAAGACCCGAGCCCCAAAUCCCUGGACCUGGCCCUCUCUCUACUUUAUCCCUCUUUUCUCAUCUUCUUUCCAUUCUCAUGGGGAGGUGGAGCAGGAGGAGUCAAAGCUGCUGACCUUGCACAAAAAGCCAGGCUGGGGCUGGGGGGAGUCUGGCCAGAACCACCAAUGCCCCCACUCCCACCCCACCUGCCAUUCACUGUCCAUCCAUCUAUCUAUGUCUGCUAUUUAAUAAACUUUCGACUUGGGCUGCACUACGUUUCUCUCCCCACCACCUCUGGCAUGGAUCACUGAGCACUCCCUGUGACCCCUACUGACCCUUGGUAUGCGCUCCAUACCAAGCACCCCUCUAAUCUUGUAUCCCUAUGAUCUAAAUUGAUUAAAGACUCUCUCACUGAGCAUCCCUGUGAAUCCUACAGAGCACCACUGUGUUCCCUACUAACCCCUGUACCUACCACAGAACAGCGGUCACCUUCCAUUGUAGCUGUCACUCUUUAACCAUGACUUGCACAUAUAUCACUGAUACCCUAAUACCCGUAGGAUCUCACCAAGCACUUUCAUGACUCAUGCCAGUGUCACCCCAACUCUACUGCUGAGCACGCUUGUGCACUCACACUUACCCAAUGGACACAGUCAUAACCUCACCUGGGGCCCAAGGCAAUGAAUAAAGUGCAGGGUGGGGAGAGGGGUGCUAUCCAGGGAAGGAUGGGUGAAGCAGUCUCUCAAAUGCUAAAGGGACAAGCUUUUCCUCAUUCUAAAGAUCUAUUUCUUGCCUUUGAGCCUGUCCCUGCCUCUGUCUUCUUAAAUUGAUUCAGUUUCCUCUUUCAGGAACUUAAGUACAUAAAACACUUGGCAACUCUCUUCUCCAACCCUUCCAUAGAGGGUGGGGUGGCAUUGGUAUCUCAGGUGACUAACUAAAUUGUCUGUGUCUCUGUUCCUGUUUCACUUUCCUGUCUCCAUCAUCCCAUCUCCCGUCUUUUACAUCCAUCUGUGUGUCUUUUCCUUCCUCGUCUCCACCAUAUCACCUUUGUGUUUCCACUUCCUGCCGCCAUGUGUCACACAUGUUUCCUUCUCCUUACCUCCCCGGCAUCUGUUGCUAUAUGUUCUGUUACCUCCUGUAUUUGUCUUCCAUGUCCUCCUCCUGCAUUCGUGUCUGAUCCAUGUAUCCCAUGCCCUCAUCCCAUCACUACCAUGUUCCCCUCAUACUCCUUUGUGUCUCUCCCUAUGUGUCUGCCAUUCUUUUCCCCCACCCCCCUUCACAGAGACCUUGGCCAGUGCCAAGGAGGAGAACGUAGAGAUUCACCAGACACUGGACCAGACGCUGCUGGAACUCAACAACCUGUGAGGCCCCAGCCCAGCCCAGGUGGACCUGGCUGCCCCCAGCCUUACCCUCUCUUCCCUCAUUCCCUCCCUCCCUGCUCAGGGCCCCCUUCCCUGCACUUCAGACCCAUUAAAACCACCAAUUCAACA